UUUAUUGCUUGAUAAGUUUCCUUUAGCUCCCCUAUAAACUCCAUCGCCCUGUCUUGCCUUUUGAUUGACCGCUCCAUUUUUUUUUUCUGUGCAGAAUUUUUCCUCCUGCUGGAGUUAGGAGAAGAAAAAACAACACUGGGGAACUGUGAGGAAGAGGGCACAGCCGAAAAAUAAAGGGGGUGGAGGAAAAGUGAAAUAACAGAAGAUUAGCGGGAAGAUUGGAGGGACAGGUUGGAAAGAGAGCAAGAAGAUAAGUGGAGAACAAGAGUUGCCAUAUAUUUCUAGAAGUCCCUGCUUUUGUGUGAAGAUUUUUUGUGUUCUACCUCCUGAUUAAAAGGACGUGAAACCAUGACAACGGAAAUGCAGGAGAUCGCCAUCACAGAGGACAAGCCUUUACUCACGGGUCAGGCUGAUUCCACCAAGGAUGCUGAACUGGCAGCCAGGAUACUCCUGGACCAAGGACAGGAGCAGAGUAUUGAGACCCCUCAUGGCGUUCUGCAUGUGACCCUCCACGGCACACGAACCACCCGCAGGCCUGCUAUCCUCACCUUCCACGAUGUGGGUCUGGACAGUAAGAGCUGCUUCUCCACUUUGUUUAAGUUUGAGGAGAUGCAGGAGAUUGUCAAGAAUUUCACCUUGAUUCAUGUUGAUGCUCCUGGGCAGGAGGAGGGUGCUGCUGCCUACCCCACAGGUUACCAGUAUCCCUCCAUGGACACCAUCGCAGAGAUGAUCCCUGCCGUCCUGCAGUUUUUCAACUUCCGUACUGUGAUCGGAGUGGGUGUGGGAGCAGGCGCGUACAUCCUCUCCAAGUUCACACUUGCAAACCCAGAUUCGGUGGAGGGUCUGGUUCUGGUCAACAUCGACACUAACGCCCGAGGAUGGAUAGACUGGGCCGCUCAGAAGCUCAGCUCAGUGACAUCCUCCCUCACAGAGCAGAUCCUAUGCCAUCUUUUCAGUCAGGAUGAGCUGUCAUCAAACACAGAUCUAGUGCAGUCUCACAGAGAGCGCAUCUCCAAAGCUUCUAAUCUGGUCAACAUAGAGCUCCUCUGGAAGACUUACAACAGUCGCAGAGACUUGAACAUCGACCGCAACAGCACCUUCAAAUGUCCAGUAAUGUUGGUGGUGGGUGAUCAAGCUCCAUACGAGGAUGCUGCCGUGGAGUGCAACAGCAAACUGGACCCGACAACAACCUCAUUCUUAAAAAUGGCCGAUGCCGGUGGUCUCCCCCAGCUGACUCAGCCUGCCAAACUGACUGAGGCUUUCAAGUAUUUUAUCCAGGGCAUGGGCUACAUGGCUUCGUCUUGCAUGACCCGCCUGUCCCGUUCCCGCACCACCUCUCUCUCCUCCUCUUACUCCAUGGAUGGGUCGCGCUCUCGCUCCCGCACCCUGUCCCAGGGCUCGCAGGGCGGCCAGAUGCCGCCCAGCCCUUCCCAAACUAUGGAAGUGUCUUGCUGAAGAAAAAGAGAGAGAGAGAAAGGGAGUGAGCGAGAGUGAGAAAGAGAAGAGGGCAAAGGCAAAGGGAAGGGAUGAAGCAUGACAAUAACACAGGAACAAGACGAAUGGGUUACUUAUUUGUCACUAAACAACUCCCAUCAUUCCCCACAAGAACAGAAUAGAAAUAGAGACAGAUGAAAAGAGGGAGGCAGGGAGAAAAUAAAGGCCUAUCUCUCAUAUUUUGCACCACAUCUAAGUCCAAAUCAUCUCCUCACAUCCCCCUUCUAUCUGGACAUUAAGUGACUAUGGCUGUUAAAGCAAAUGAAGGAAGCAUAAGCUUUAGAGGGCAAGAAGAGAUUAAUAAAAAGAGGGGGGGAGGUGGGGAAAGAAUGGCAACUGAUCCUCUCUCUCUUUCCCUCUAUUGGAGCGUCUGUCAGCCAAUAGAGCCCUUUAAUUUAGAUAAGGGGUGUGGUCUAUAGAGACUGCACACCUUACGAUAACCAAUAGUAAUAAUUCUGAAAACGGUAUUGUUGUUGAUGCUGAUGACUAUGUUGUUGACAAUUGAUGAUGAUGAUGAUGAUGAUGAUGAUGAUAAUAAUGUAAUAGAAAACAGUAACACUUUUCUCUUUAUUACACAAUGAGUUUAAAACAUAGAUAAAAAAAAACAUACUAUAGCAGAGAUACUUAUAACAAUGUGUGUCUACUACUUUUUAAGCUAGUUUUUAGUGUUAUUUUUAUUUCUUUUAAUCAAUUUUAUUUUCAUAUUUGUAACCUGCCUCAGCAAGGGGCUGAAGCUACUGAUUGGUUGAUUGUCACAUGGUAAAAUCCAAUGAGAGCCAUUAUAGUGACUACUUCCUCCUUGAUGUUGCCAGGUUGUUUAUGUCUUCCAUUUGCCCCGUCUCUAAGUGACUGUUUUGUUUUCCCAUUUGAUUUGAGGAGUUGGGCAGGAAGGUUUUUUUGUUGUUGUUGUUGUUGUUUUUCUUUUUCUGGACUGUUUGGAAGUUGCAUGCCUGGUAUCAGCCCAUGUGAAUAUUGACUGGACAAUAUUUUUCUUUUAUAUUCUACUAAUGAGUUGUGUGGAUUAAGGUGUGUGUGCGUUUGUGUAUGUGUUCAGUUUUGUUUGCUUGGAGUGUUAAGCGUACGUGACUUUGGCAGGUAAGCAUAGUUGAGACUGAGGGUGUUUGCGCCCUUUAGCAAGCUAGCACCCUAUAGAUAACACUAGUCGCACACUAAAUAGUGCUUCCAAUAUUGCUGGCAGUUUCACACUGCGUGUCCCAGUAUCCACACUUUUGUACUACUCACCAGGGGCGUUGCAUCACCAAGUAGCAUGCUAGUAUGGAUAUUGCAUUUCAGUGUUAGGCGUGGCCAAAAGGGAUCACUGUGUUUAUCAUCUGGGUUGUAAUCUCUAAGCCUUGCCUGUGCAUGGAUACCUCCUAACAAACCCAGCAAGCAUACUUGAGUUUAUGUGCGAUGUGAGGUAAAGUGCUCCUCUCCAGCAACAAGGCUUUAUACAAGCAAAGGGGUCAAGAGAACUGUGUAUGCAUGUGAUUGUUGCAGUGUGGGUGUGUGUGUGUGUGUGUGUGUGUGUGUGUGUGUGUGUGUGUGUGUGUGUGUGUGUGUGUGUGUGUGUGUGUGUGUGUGUCCAAGGAAGUAAAUGUGAGGUUUAUGGAAGCAUUUAUAUUCUGUAAGCACAAUUAACGCAGCAAAGACCGGGAAAGGCCAGGGUCCUUUUAGAAAAGUUUAGUCAUCAGUUUUGAGACCAACAAAACCCCCUGUGACUUAUCAAUGACAAUGAACCAGCCCUUUCACUGCCUCCACACUCAGAGAAAAAAAGGUUCUCAAGUCAUAGGAAGCAAAAGAUUUAACCUUUUUUUGUUCUGAGGGUGAAAAACUAGCCAAUAUCUGCACCUUGAACCAAUUGAUAUUGGAAUUCCAGCCAACAAGCAUUUUUACUGCCAAAACUACAAUAAAAGCCCCAAAAUACAAGGGGUAUUUUUUGUCACAAUUCCGCCAUCAGAAAUGGUGUGAGCUAAAUCUGCUCCAUUUGAAUACUUAAUAACAACAGCAAGUCAACACAAAGCUUACCACUGCCCUAUUAUAUGCAGCCAUUGAACUGACAGCACAUUUAAAUGACCUGUUUAUGGACCCCAGUCCGAUAUCCUUGGAGUGCAUGUGCAUUUUUAAACGUGUUGAUGCAGCGUUGCAUCAUUUUUUUUUUCUUUAAUAAGCAGUAUCAUUUUUUCUCAGUCAGUUGGAAGUUGCCUGUUUCUUUCUAGUCCUCCUUUCCCAAACCUGUUUGAUAAAGUAAAGAUGGAACGAAGAUAUUGAUGACAGUAACAGGAAAGUCAGUGGAAGGCCUUAGGCUUGAGGUUUGAAAAGACUGGUACUUAAGAGACGAUGACGGUGGUAAUAAUGACAGUGAUCUGUUUUAAGUCACUUCCCCUGGCCCAUUACAUAGUGCAAUGCACAACCAGCCAUUGAAGCAUUGAUUGUUGCAUUGAUGCAACAAAUGCAAAUCCUGAUGUUUAGAUGCUUUGUGCUAUGAGGCAUAACUGAAUAAUGUGACGUUAAACUGGGAUGCCACCAUAUUUUAGGCACUGUGUCACUGUCCUGAGGGCUGAAGUGUAGAAUGUAAAUGUUUGGCUCCUCCCAGACUGAAAUUAAAACUCAAACUAUCAGACAUGGGAACCUUUACCAAAUUAGGGGUAAAGUCUGGAGCCUGGAAAAAAAUAAUUGCCAAAUAAGGAAAAGGAGCGGUACUUCUUUGUGAAGAGUUGAGCAGGGCAGUGCGAUUGUAAAUGCUUGUCCAAUGCUUUUGUCUUUUGUUUGUCUCUUAAUUUUUACUUUGAUCAUAUUUUCUUUCCCCUCUCUGUUUUGGAAUUUUAUUUUAUUUUUUUGUUUUAACUAUGUGAAGUGUUAGUUUACCGUCCCGAUGUGCUCACAAGUUAGUUAAUCGUGUGAUAGUUCAUGUAUAACUUUUUUAGCAUUAGUGCUGAUAAGGGAGAAUAAUAUAAUUAACAAUAAAAAAAGAUUAAAGGUAAAGAAAAUACAAUCAAAUUUACUUGUGUGGCUAAUUUCUCUGUGUAACACAAUGAACAUCCUAAAAGAAGCAAACUUAAAUAUUAAUAAAAGCUUAAGAAGAA